CCCUCGAGCGCGGGGCUCAUCACGCGAUGCGAGGGCGUCGGGCCGUACCUGAACCUGUUCGUCGACCGCGCGCGCGUGUUCAAGCUCACCAUGGACGCGGUCGCCGCGAGCGGCGAGACGUACGGGCACACGAACGCCGCGGGAGGGAAGCGAUGCAUCAUCGAGCACACGUCCUCCAACCCGAACGCGCCGCUGCACAUCGGCAACCUGCGGAACGUCAUCAUCGGCGCGCACCUCGCGAAGCUCCAGGCCGCGUGCGGGUACGACGUGAAGCAAGCCUUCUACGUCAACGACCUCGGCGCGCAGAUCGGUCUGACCGCGCUGGCGUACUCGCGCGUCUACGACAAGAUCAAACCCUACAUGAAGAUCGAUCAUUGGAUCGGCGCCAUGUACGCCGUGAUGAACACGUGCCAGGAGCUGCAGACGGUGGGCGCGUCGCUCGCGAGCGCGGGCGGGGACGAGAAGAAGACGAAGGGGAUCGCGGAGUACUUUGACAUUUACCAGGACCUGCGCGAGCGUUUCGAGAAGAUGAUGGUCGUCAUGCUCGAGGACGUGCGUAAGAUCGAGAACAUCAAGGUCGAGGCGGGCAAAUUAAACCUCGCGUACGAGCGCCAGGAGGAGUGGGCGAUCAAGAUUUUCCGGAAGAUGGUGUGCGACUGCCUCACGGGCGUGCAGACGACGUUGUCGACGUACGGCGUGCAGCACGACCAGUUCGACUACGAGUCCGAGCUCGGGUGGGAGGGAAGCAACGAUAAGGUGCUGGCGAUCAUGCGAAACAGCGAUUACUUCGUCCCGCAGACGCAGAAGAACGACAAGGGCGUUCCGCAGGGCGCGUACCUGGACAUGUCGUCGUUCAUCGCGGACCAAGGCUUGAAGACCGGGAAGGGCGGGUACCAGAAAGAGUACCCGCCUCUGUACGUCCUGCGACCGGACGGGUCCACGCUGUACACGUACCGCGACAUCGUGUACUCGUUCAAGAAGGCGUCGCGGAGCGAUCUCAUCCUGAACAUCAUCUGCAGCGAACAAGAGCUCGCGCAGCAAAAGGUUAGCUUAGGGAUGAUGAUGAUGAACCCGGAGAUGAAGGGCCGGCAGUACCACCUGUCGUACGACCUCGUCAAGCUCACGACCGGGAAGAUGUCGGGGCGACGAGGGCGGUACCUCCUCGCGGACGACCUUUACGACGAGCUCAAGACCGUCAUCACGGAGAAGAUGCGGAAGAAGUACGAGGACAAGGGCGAGGUCAUGUCCGCGGAGGAGUUCGACGCGGUGACGCACGAGGUAUCCACGGCGGCGAUGAAGUACGCGUUGCUCAGCGUGUCGUGCCUCACGCAGAUCAACUUCGACAUCGCGAAGAUCACGGACUUCGAGGACGCGUCCGCGCCGUUCAUCCUGUACAACUCCACGCGCGUCGCGUCCGUGGUGAGGAAGUUUGAAGCCAAGGUGAGCGAAGGGAAGUUGCCGGAGUUGCCGCCGCUCGCGGAGGUGGACGCGUCGAAGCUCGACGACGACAAGGAGUGGUUGAUUCUCAUGGAGUACGUCCUCCCGUUCGCGUCGAUGAUCCGCGAGGCUGGGCACGCGAAGCUACCGGAGCCGCCGCAGCUGCCGCAGUACGGGUGCCACAAGGUGUGCGACUUUUUGAACACCAUGGUGCGACAGCUGUCGGGGUACUACGGCCCGCAGGGCGUGCGGAUCUUGCCGACGGACUCGCAGCUGGAGACGGGUUGGGACGGCGUCGCCGCAACGCACGCGAGGGUGCACCUGUGCAAGGCGUUCAAGCAGGUGAUCGACAACGGCCUGCGGUUGCUCAUGAUCGAGCCGCUGGAGAGGAUGUGAGCGCGUCGCGACGGACGCGGCUUUUAAUAUCAUACGAAAGUACGAAGGUACUUUCGUACGAGACACGACCGAGUAAUCUAUC